AUGGCGGUGGUGGAUGAACUGAUGGUUGUCUGGGCUGGUGUUCAAAGCAGAGUGUACGGCAAAGAGGUACAGUGCCUCCAUAUUUCAGUCGAGAGUGCUUUGAGCUGUGAUUUAGUACCUCCUGAAAUAUAUCAACUUGCAAAAACUUCAUACUCUUACUUCUUCUCUAAAGUUCAACCAAAGUAUCUUACAAUACAUAUUCAACAAUACGAAAACGGUUAUGAUAACACUAUUUUCAAAGCAGUUGAAUGAUAUCUUAGUACGAAGUGUUAGACAUCUUCUUCCGAAUUGCUAAGGCUAUCUAAAAUCAAGAAUGCAAAGAACCAUACUUACACUAUGGUUACAAAGCAACUAAUUGAAGAUAUCUUCAGAGGAAUUCGUAUCAGUUGGACUUUGUUAGAGAAUGAGGAGACAAAAGAAUACAAAAGCGCUAGAGGAUACUAUUUGGAGGUUUCUUUUGAUAGCAAAUACAAGGAGGUUGUGAAUUCAUCUUAUCUUCCUUAUAUAAUCAAAGAAGCAGAAGUUUUCAAAUUCCACAACAGAGGGAAGAAACUAUACACCAAUCGGGACGGAGGUAGCUGGUCACAGGUCUGUCUUUUCAGUCAUCCUUCUACGUUUGAUACAAUUGCAAUUGACCCUUCUCUUAAAAAAGAAAUUCAAGAUGAUGUAAAGAAAUUUGUGAGCAGAAGUGAGUUUUAUACUAGAGUUGGAAAAGCAUGGAAAAGAGAUUACCUUCUCUAUGGUCCUCCUGGAACAGGAAAAACAAGUUUGAUUGCUGCCAUUGCUAAUUACUUGGAAUUUGAUAUAUAUGACAUGGAAUUAACUUCCUUUAGUAAGAAUGAAGAUUUAAGAGAGCUGUUAAUAAACACUUCAAGCAAAUCAAUUAUUGUGGUUGAAGAUAUUGAUUGUUCAAUACAUAUUGAGAACCGGAAAAAGAAAAACAAGCGCAGAAGGAACAAUGUUUGCAAUUACAAUCACAGUAAUUCUGUGAGAUUGUCUGGUGUUUUGAACUUUGUUGAUGGACUUUGGUCACCUUGUGCCGGAGAAAGGUUGAUUAUAUUUACAACGAAUCAUAAGGAGAAACUCGAUCCGGCUUUGCUGAGGUCGGGUCGAAUGGACAAACAUAUUUUGCUUUCUUAUUGUAAUAUGGAAUCGUUUAAGGUUUUGGCAAAGAAUUAUUUGAAACUCGAAGAACAUGAGUUGAUGAAAGAAGUUGAAGAACUACUGAGCGUACUUGAGAUUACACCAGCUGAUGUUGCAGAGUGUUUAAUGAGUUAUGAUGAAGAUCCAGACUCGGGUAUGAGAAAUGUGGUGUGUUUUGCAGUGGUAGUUGCAACAGAAUUGAAGGUGGUUUGUGCUUGGUUAAUGUCACAGGAGCUGCAGGGAGUUGUUAUGAAUGCUAGGACAGGUGACAUGACAGUGUUGAUGCUGGAGAGUUUUACUGGUGGAUGUUGCAGGUGCAGUGAACCCAAGAACAAGGAGGAAUCGGUGAUGGAUUACGGAUGGGCAGAGAUUGUUGGAAAUGAAGAAAGGAGAAGUUUGGGGGUCAGAGAUAGGCUUCAAACUGCUAUCCAACUGCGGAUCAAGAAACUGGAAGUUGAGUGCGACUCGACAUAUGCGAUCCAACUUUGUAGAGGAGAGGUCCAAGCUCCAUGGCAUCUUAAGGGUUUAUUACAAGACAUUGAAGAAAUGGAGAGGAUGUUUGAAGAUAUUGUCUUUGAACAACAAUAUAGAGAAGUUAAUUUCGUGGCCGAUACUUUGGCGAAGAAGACGUCUGAAAGAUAUUUGGAGGGUGUUUGGAUCGAUAAUCCACCAGAUGAAAUUGUCAAUAAGCUUGUUGAUGAUAUUCAGGGUAUCUCUUACUCUAGAAUAGUUAGAGUCAGUUAG